AACCAAAAAACCAAAUGAUUCCAUAUUACCAUAUUUACAUGCGGCUGGCUUUGGUGAAGUUGUAAAACUCGGAAACUAUAAGAUAGAUGUCGGUCUCAUCACUGCUAUGGUUGAGAGAUGGAGACCUGAAACUCACACAUUUCAUCUUCCAAUAGGUGAGUGCACAAUAACUUUGGAAGAUGUUUAUUACAUUUUAGGAUUAAACGUUUCCGGUUUACCUGUUAGUGGUUCCAAUUUUGUGCAAGUAAAACAAAUCUGUCAAGAUUACUUAGGAGUUAUCCCACCCGAUGGAGCAACAAAAGGUAAUUCUAUUAAAUUAAAGUGGCUUAAGGAUACAUUUGACGAUGUUGGUGAAAAUGCAUCUGAAUUAGAAAAACAAGCAUCAUGUCGAGCAUACAUCCUACGUAUGAUCAGAGGGUUAUUGAUGCCUGACAAAUCCAACAACCGUGUACAUCUAAAGUAUCUUUCACUAUUAGAAGAUUUAAACAAAGUAUCCCAAUAUAGUUGGGGUUCAGCUGUUUUAGCUACCAUAUUAUGCCUUGCAACGAAACCUGGUGUAAUAUCUAUGGGAGGAUGCGCAUUAUUGUUGCAAAACUGGGCAUGGUAUCGUUUGUCUUGUGUCGCUCCUGAAUCUCCCAAACCAUGGAUAUUUCCACUUGCACAGAGGUUUAAUUCUGGUGGUCUAAAUUUUGCUAAAGUUCCUCAUAACGACGUAGAAGGAUAUCGAAAAACAAUUGAUCACAUGAUGGUUGAGGAAUUUUAUUGGAGACCUUAUCUCGGGUUCCAACAUGAAGUUUCAGAAGAAGAUAGGGCCACUUGGAGUGCAUGUACUUAUCUACUCUGUUAUCAUAUUGUUGAAAAACAUCAUACAGAUAGGGUCACACUCCAGUUUGGUUUACAUCAACAAAUACCACAACCACCAGAGGACAUGAAAUCGUAUCACGAGGUCGACAUGAGGCGUGGGAUUGAUGAUAAUUGAACUUGGGUUUGGAGGGAAGAAAUAAACCAUUGGAAUGAGCGCCAUAAUCUGAAUUUCCAUAAGAGGUGUGAAGAUUAAUCCUUCAUACUUAGCUGAGGCAGUACAACACAUGUGCUCAAUUAAAAAUCAGGACAUUUGUUGUUCUCAUAUACGAGGUCUUCGUGUGGUGUGGGGGUUAAUUCUUUGACAUCUUUUAUUUUGGAAUUUUAUUCUUCAUGAG